GGUGGCCUCGUCAUCAACGCCGAGGGCAAGCGCUUCUGCAACGAGCUGGGCCGCCGGGACUACGUCACAGGUGAGAUGUGGAAGUCCAAGGCUCCCUACCGGCUGAUCCUUAACAAGGCGGCCUCUGAUGAGAUCAUUUGGCACUGCAAGCACUACACGGGCCGUGGGGUCAUGAAGUUUUACAAGAGCGGGGAGGAGCUCUGCCAAGACAUGGGCAUUCCCGUGAGCACCUUGGAGGUCACCCACCAGGAGCACUUCGAGGCGGCCAAGAAGCAGGAGAAGGACCCGGAGGGCGGGCCCUUCCCCGCCUACCCCUCUGGCAAGACCUGGGAUGAGGCCAGUGGCAAGACCGGUGUGGGCAAGAAGUUCUUCCACAACAUCAUCGAUGGAUCCAAGGUGAAGAGCGAGCCUUUCUACAGCGCCAUCAUCACCCCAGUGAUCCACUACUGCAUGGGCGGCCUGGAGAUCGACGAGCUCUCCGCUGUGGUGGACAAGUCUGGCAAGGCCAUCCCCGGCCUCUACGCGGCAGGGGAGGUCGCCGGGGGCGUGCACGGCAACAACCGCCUGGGGGGCAACUCCCUGCUGGACUGCGUGGUCUUCGGGCGGGUGGCGGGCAAGGCCUGCGCCAAGUACAUGCUGGGCGACAAGAUGAAGAGUAUGGACCUCAAGGAGCUCUCUGGCGGAGGGCUGGCGGCUGAUGCCCCGGCCUCCAAGCUUUGAGGUGGGCCUGUCAUCUCGAGACAUUUUCGAGACAGCACGCGGCCGAUUUUCCCUCCUGUGAAGAGGCAGAAGUCAAUACUUUUGCUCAAAGCUGCGUUGAAACUUGCAAGUCAAAUUUGUCAUGCCUGCGCAUGAGCUGAAAUCUUCCUGCUCGAAGCCGGGGGGCGUGCGUGCAACUCUGGGACA